AUGGUCCGAAAAGAUCGCCUCGAGGAUGCUAGACGGUCCAUCGAGCGGCUCAGUGGCGACAAGACUCAAGACCAAAUCAAUGCCCAGCUAGCAAUGAUGGUUCACACAACUAAGGUCGAAUCUGGCGUGACAAGAGGCCAAGUCAUGUCUGGCAGCAGCUUCGCUUACACUCCGACGUACUUCUUCACUACCGCGGGAAUGAAGACUGCGAAUGCGUUCGAACUGAGUCUGGGAGCAAAGGGGAUGGCUUUCCUUGGGACCGUUCUAUCAUGGUGGCUCAUCACUCAUUGGGGACGACGUGCGAUUUAUGUUACUGGGAUUGGAGCCCUCACUGUUAUCCUGUUCAUUAUAGGCAUUCUUGACGUGUCCGCUGGUGAGAAGGGUCUUUGGCCAUCUGGCGGUCUUUGUGUCUUCUGGCUUUUUAUUUACUCUCUCACCAUUGGACCUAUUACUUAUAGCGUCAUCAGCGAGACGUCUUCGGUUCGGCUUCGUCCACUCACAGUCGUACUAUCGCGAAAUGCCUACCAGCUUGUCAAUAUUGUCUCACAAGUCCUACAGACUUACAUGAUGAACCCUACAGAGUGGAAUCUGAGAGGCAAGGCCGGCUUCUUCUGGGCGGGAACCGCCGGGAUCAUCUUCAUUUGGUCAUAUUUCCGGCUACCUGAGUGUAAAGGCCGUACGUACGAGGAGUUGGACAUGCUCUUUGCAAGAGGGAUCCCGGCUAGAGAAUUUUCAAAGGCUCACGUGGAUGCUUACGAGGAAGCUUCGGAUCAUGUCGAAGAUGUUAUGGAAGCAACACCACGGAAGCAGGACUCUUGA